UCAAAUUAUUUGUCGUGGUUACUAUAAAUAGUUGUCUCAAAUUAUUUAUUGUUUUAGAGAUUCAAGGCACAAUUAAUUAACCUUUUCUCAUUUUACCAUUAAUAGAAUUUUAUCAUUUAAUGAAUAUGACACAUAAUAAAGUAAAAAUUUAAUGGAGAGAGAUUAUAACUUAAACAUCAAUAAGGAUAAAGUUAAUCAAAUACCCCUUCUAAUUAAUACUACCUCUGGAUAAAAAAGAAUAUCCACUUAGCCUUUUUUUCUUUGGUCAAAAAGAGUGUUCACUUAACAAAUCAAGAAAGAAUUAAUCUUAUUUUUUCAGAGGAAGUAUUUCUUAAGGGCAUAUAAAUCAAAAUAGCGACAAAUAAUUUGAGACAGAGAGAGUAUAAAAUACAACCAGCCGCUUUCCACUUGAUAUACUAUGCUAAGCCACUGCCUAUUUCUUCCAAGAGAGAGCAUAUAUAUGCCCUAAUGUCUUGUACGGAGAGUCUAGGAUUAGAGAGCUUUGAUGUAGAUGAUGGUCAGAAUAUUGAAAAUCUAAAUGAUGGUAUAGGUGUUGAAUCAUCUACCUCCAUCACUAGUUGUAAAAGAACAAGUGUCGAGCAAAAAGAGAAGAUAUUUCCACCACCAUUAUCGUCGUCACUUAAAGAUGGAAAACCGAGUUUCUUCCUAGAGCCUAUUAGAAAAGAUGGAAGGUUAGAGCUUAAUGAGGUGAACAUUGAUCCAUCACAGACCCUCCUUACUUCCCGUAAAGGAGGACGGUUGAGAUUAAGUCUCAUUCCUGACCAAGAAGAAGAAGAAGAAGAAGAGGAGGAGAAGGAUGAUGGUGAUACUGAUGAAGAUGAGGGAGAAGUCAUCAUGGAGGCAAUCGAAGUAAAUGACAAAGAAACAGUAAAUGAACAUGAUACAUCAAGAUAAAGAGCAGAAGCUCCCAGCAAAGAGUCCUGCCAUGAAGUGUUUCUUAUAUGUAAUAAAAAAAAAUAUCUAUGUAUACUGUAAGUUUUCGUAUCAAUGAAAAGCCUGUUCUAGCAACAAAACAAAACAAAAACAAAAAAAAGUCCGGGGGCGGGGGAGGCAUGUGUAUUCAAGCACCGCUUGGUAGGGAAUUACUCCAUCCCUCUCAAUUUGUUUGUCUAAUUUUAACUUGACACAGUAUUUAGAAAAUUAAAAACUUUUAAAAUGUUAUGUUUUUAAAUUAAAGAUAUGUAAAAUGUACCAAAAUGUCUUUUAAUCUUAUAGUAUUAAACAUGUCAUGUGAAAAAUUAGAAUUAAGGAGUUAUCAAAAAAGAAAGACAUUUUUUUUUAAACGGACAAA